AUCGGUCAGGGGGCGUCCGGGCUCAUCGCUGCACUCGUGAUGCUCGUCUCCAUCUUAAGUGGAGUACCUGAGCAGGCGUACUUCAUCAUCCCGUGUGUCGUCGCCGCGGUAACGUUGGCGUGUUACCUGUGUCUGGGGAUGUCACCAAGGACACACACACACGGCGACGGAGUCGACUCUCCUCAGCAGGACUCACAGGAGCCCCCCGGCAGCACAGAAAUGACGGCGUUGAGCAACAGCAGCGAAGCCCCCGAGGACCAGAGGAGGGACGAGAAUCAGGAGCGAUGCUCCGGCUGGCGUGUCUUCAAGGAGAUCAGGUGGAUGGCUGCGUACGUGAUGGCCGUGUUCAUCGUCACCCUGUCGGUGUUUCCUGUGAUCACGAGCAGAGUUCAGACCGUCUCCAAGGACAACGCCGCCUGGGACAAAGUGUUCACCUGCGUUUGCUGCCUCAUCGUUUUCAACGCCAUGGACCUCUUGGGCCGCAUCGCCACCAUUUUCGUCCAAUGGCCCUCGAAGGAGAGCCGUUGGCUUCCCAUCGCCGUGGCGUCUCGCGGGCUCUUCGUCCCUCUGCUCAUCAUGUGCAACGUGCAGAACUUCAGAUCUCCUGCCGUCUUCCGCUGCGACGGUUUCUUCGCCUUCAUCAUGGCGCUGUUCGCCGUCUCCAACGGGUACCUGGCGAGCCUCUGCGUGGCCUACGCUCCACGGUUGGUGCGGGGUGCAGACUGCGAGGCGGCCGGCCUGGUGAUGAGCCUCUUCAUGGUCCUGGGCCUGUCGCUGGGAGCGUUUCUCUCCUUCUGGUACAUGAGAUUUCUCAGCUGUGAUCUCAGCAGCUCCCAUUGAUUCCAGGUUCGCGUCCACAUUGCUCCUCUCAACCUCCGCAAACGUGUAGCACGAUGGCCGCGCGCGUGACGAAGACGCGACGCCCUCGUUUCCAAACUGAUCCGUUUCCAGAGCGCCGAAGAGGCUCGGCGUGAACGUAGCAGAACACGUGCGUUUUGAAGGGGAAACGCUGUGUGUGGAUGUCGCCUCAGAAUAGUGAUCACUGGUGGGAACUGUUUGUAAUCUACAGAAUUAUAAAGCUCAAGCUUCUUUUUAACUGUUUUAAUAAGGGAUCGUUUAAUUGGACUUUUUGGUGGUUUCGCUGUGCAAUGGUGUUGUCUUUUUGUGUCCUUUUUAAAAAGCAAAAUAAGUUUCUCUGGCUCUCAUAAUAAAGUAAACAAAUUGUGUAUUUGUACAUCGGACGACGCGGCUGUGACCAAAAAAAGAGUAUAUAUAUAUAAUAUAUAUAUAUUAUAAAUAUAUUAUAAAUACAUAUUACAAAGUGUCAGUAUUUGUGUUUUUGAAAGUAAGGGACAUGAAGCACUUUGUGGAGAGAAAAUAAGAAUAGAAAACACCAGGACACACACGGAUCACUCUGUCAAGCUCGACAUGUUAAGUUCACAUCGCUACCCAGCUGCGAUGGACACGGAGUCGCGGUGAGGACACAACGAGGACGUGGAUGAAAACAGGCACAUUUGAUCCAAAAUAAUUGAUUGUGUUGGUUCCCUGCUGAAUCCUUAAUGAUUGAGAUUGUUGGUGUAAGUUAUUGGGUCUAAUUUGAUUUACUUCCUAUUUACCAGAUGUUCUGCUAUGGUGAAAAUGUUGUGGUCUGUGUCUUAGGAAUUGAGUUUUAUUAUUUAUAAUUUCAUUUAUUUGGAAUUGAUACAUUCUUAAUUUGCUUUGGGUUUCCAAUGUUGGGUCAGUUGCUUUGACGAUUUCAAGUCGAUUGAAUCGUUGUUCAGCUUCUUCUUCAGGAUUCAGGAACGUUUAUUGCCAUAAUAUGUGAGACAUGAAAGGAAUCUGACAUGUGGGUCUGUGCAUAACAUCAGACAGUAAGACAACGGGACAAUGGACAACAAGACAAAUGACAAAGUGCAAGAAAAAUGCCAUGUUCAAUUUACAAUUUAACUCUACAGUAUGAAAUAAAGGGCAGGGAUCUUCAACUAAAAUGUCAAGAGGUCCAGUUAGAGAAAGGUUCUAGAAGCAAAGGUCAGGAAGAUCAUAAUGUGACUACUCAGUGUGAUUAAAUAAAGGAAUAGAGUUGUGUCAACAUUUGCAUGUAAUGAAUACAUGACUAACAAAUGAAUCAUGUAUGAUUCUAAAACGCUUGACAAUAUUUAUUAUCACGUAUUAAAGA